UUAUGACACACUCCAAGAGAUUUCGACAGUUCUUCACCGCUACAGUGCAAAACACACUUCAAUCUAUGUAUUUAUUCUACUUUUGUACUGACGACACCGCCAUUAGUUCGCCCAAGAGUCGGGCGAUCCCGCGAUAUCUCGCCAGUUUGAGUGCGUCCGGGUUCUUUGGACUUGCCCAGAGAGCCAAACUGCAUGACAAGCAGAGCCUCGUUGUGGAAAUAGCAAUCCAUUGUCUCCUUGUCGAUGUGGAAAGAGAAAACUGCUCCGUGUGCUAGAGUCCCUAUUUGAUAACCAUUGUCUGUGCAAUUUUGAGAGCCCACGAAUAUGGAAAGAACCACCCCCUCCGUUUGCAACACAAUAUAAGGCCCCUCAGAGACGGACCUACUUCACUUUACAAAGCGACGUAUCUCCAAGGAACAGAUUUCUUCCGACGGCAGAGAAAAGAAUUGAGUUCAAGAAACGAAAUACUGCCCUCCUGUUGCAGAAGAAGUCGCUCCGAGAUGGGACCGCAUACAGCAUCUGGUGGCCAUGACAGGGACGAUUCCCACACCCAGGCUCUUUUGCCUCGCCACAAUACCAUCUCCCAAGCCAUUCGAACAACCACUGGAAUACAGCCUGCAGGUGAGAGUGGCAGAAAGGGCAUUCAUCUCAGCAAGUUCCUUAGAAUCUGUUGGCGAUCAACCAGCAGAGCCUCUCGAAUAUGCAACAUUUUCUGGCCCGUAGUCCCCGCUGCGAUCUUCGUGAAAUACGCCCACCAUGACCUCCACCUGGUCAUCUUCAUUCUCAACUACAUAGCCAUGGUUCCGUGUGCGAACUUGAUCGGCUUCGCUGGCCAGGAGCUGGGACGGAAGCUUCACAAAGUCCUCGGUGUCUUGCUGGAGACCACACUUGGCUCUGUUGUUGAGAUUGUCAUGUUCAUUGUCCUGCUCAAGACAGAUCAAUUUGCCGUUAUUCAAGCCGCAAUACUUGGAUCAGUCCUGGCUACACAGCUUUUGUGCCUCGGAAUGUGUUUCGUGGUUGGUGGAAUCCGUCACAACGAAUUGAAUUUCAGCGAAGUUGUCGGUGAGGUGGGAAGCGAUUUGUUGUUGACUGCAGGAUUUGGACUCAUCGUGCCUGCUGCAUUCUUCACUGCAGUGUCUGCUAACGGCCGGACCAUGCCAGAGGUUGUCUCCGACAAAGUCCUUCACAUCUCUCGGAUCACUUCCAUUCUCUUGAUCAUCGCCUAUGCUAUCUACACCUACUUCCAGAUGCGAACCAACGAGAGCAUUUACGAUGGAAUCUUCGAGGAAGACGAGCACCACGCUGAGCACGAAGGCGGCACCAAAGAUAAAUUGACGUUCACCGAAUGUAUCAUCGCUCUUGUUAUCGCAAUCACUCUCGUCACCAUCAUCGCAAUCAGCCUGGUUGAAGAGAUAGAGUUCAUCGUUGAGACUCGACAUGUCUCGGACAGCUUCGUUGGUCUGAUUCUUGUUCCUCUUGUUGAGAAAUUUGCCGAGCACCUGACAGCGAUUGAUGAAGCUUGGGACAACCAGAUGAAUAUGGCUCUUGCUCAUGUUCUUGGUGCUACGAUCCAAACUUCUUUGUUCAAUGGCCCAUUGGUAGUCCUUGUCGGCUGGGGGCUGCAAAAGAGAAUGGACCUCAACUUCGAUUUGUUCAACAUCAUCGUUCUGAUCCUGGCCAUCCUGGUCGUCGGAAACUUCCUACGAGACCAAAAGAGCAACUAUUUGGAAGGCAGUCUGUGUGUAAUUGUUUACGUCAACAUUGCUGUGGCGGCAUUCUACUAUCCAAAUCCCGUCAACGAAAGCGGUAGUGGAAUUUUCGCAGUUGCAGAGCAUGCCCAGAAAUUCCUUGGCAUGGGAUGAUUGCCUUCAACAGCGUGGCUGAUGUGGUGACGAUAUGAUAGCCGUUGUUGUCUUAAUCUCUAUGUGGGUUGUCGCAGAGUAUGUCUCAUGGUACUGGAGCUGUAUGUGUGCAUGGGCAGGUUGAGAUUGACAGUGUUAUUCGAAUAUACUUGUUGUGAAAAAAAAGGAUGGCUGAUGUCUGUAUACAUAGCAACUAUGGUACAUUAUAUCCAGACUUAGUUUCUUUAGCUGUUAGCAAUCAACAGAAAAUCCGAUGUAGCCACCGUCAGUACGGUGUG